CCCAGGUCCAUCAGCUGCCUGCCUGCUGCAGAGAUGGUGCAAGCAACUCCCUUGCUCCUCGUGCUCUUCCUGGCCCUGGGGGCUCAUGGCCUCCAGGCUACCCAGCAGUGUAAGCUGACUGGGCAAUGGCAGAAUGACCUGGGCUCCAACAUGACCAUUGAUGAAGUAAAGGAAAAUGGUGACUUCACUGGAAGGUACCUCACAAAAGUGAAGAGUUCCCCAGAAGAGAUCAAGGAAUCACCUCUGGUGGGGUCCCAGCAGCUCCCAUAUUGGAGCCAGCCCACCUUUGGUUUCACUGUCCACUGGAAUUUUACAAAUACCAUCACUGUUUUCACGGGCCAGUGCUUUGUGGAUGCUAAUGGAAAGGAGGUUUUGAAGACCAUGUGGCUGCUGAGGUCACACGUACGGAGCCGCACAGAUGACUGGAAAGCCACCUUGGUUGGCUACAACAUAUUCCGGCGCAAGCAUAUUCUCAAGGAUUGA